GGUGCUUUUCCAUUGUUACUUGCUUAAGCUGGGAGGCCAGCGGAGGAGUGGCUGGAGUAGGGCUGCCGAGAGCUGAGGGCACAGCGCCUUGGAGUCUCAGGAAGACCUGCAGGCCCAGGAACUGCUGUCCUUUCGUGAUGUGGCUCUUCAUCCUGGUCUUGGGCUCCCUCACAGCCUCCACAGCUCGGGGGCACCCGCUUUCGCCGCCCGUGGUGAACACCGUGCAGGGCAAAGUCCUGGGGACGUAUGUCAGCUCAGACAGCUUUGCCACGCCAGUGGCCGUUUUCCUGGGUGUCCCUUUUGCCAAGCCUCCUCUGGGACCCCUGAGGUUCGCCCCUCCGCAGCCUGCAGAGCCAUGGACCUUCGUGAAGAACACCACCUCUUACCCUCCAAUGUGCCCCCAAGACACAGUGGGAGCCCAGGUGAUCUCAGAGUUCUUCACCAACAGCAAGAACAGCAUCCCUCUCAAGUUUUCCGAAGACUGCCUUUACCUAAACAUUUACACUCCCGCCGACUUGACGAAGAAAAGCAGGCUGCCGGUGAUGGUGUGGAUCCACGGAGGAGGUCUGGUGAUAGGCGGGGCGUCCACCUACGAUGGGCGGGUCCUCUCUGCCCUGGAACACGUGGUGGUGGUGACCAUUCAGUACCGCCUGGGCAUCUGGGGUUUCUUCAGCACGGGGGACGAACACUGCCCGGGGAACUGGGGCCACUUGGACCAGGUGGCCGCCCUGCGCUGGGUCCAGGAGAACAUCGCCAGCUUCGGAGGGAACCCAGGCUCUGUGACCAUCUUUGGAGAGUCAGCAGGAGGUGAAAGUGUCUCUGUCCUUGUGUUAUCUCCCCUGGCCAAGAACCUCUUCCACCGGGCCAUCUCUGAGAGUGGUGUGGCCUUCACUGUCCCCUUGGUCAGGGAAGACUCAAAGGCCAUGGUCCAGCCAAUCGCCACCUCCGCGGGGUGCAAGACCACCACCUCGGCCGCCAUAGUGCACUGCCUACGCCAGAAGUCGGAGGACGAGCUCCUGGAGGUGUCGAUGAAGAUGAAAUUUUUCGCUCUUGAUUUAUCUGCAGACCCCAGAGAGAGAUUGCCCUUCCUGCCCACGGUGGUGGACGGCGUGCUGCUGCCGAAGAUGCCCAAAGAGAUUCUGGCGCAGAAGCUGUUCAACCCCGUCCCGUACAUGGUCGGGCUCAACAAGCAGGAGUUCGGCUGGAUACUUCCGACGAUGAUGGGUUACCCGAUCUCUGAAGGCAGGCUGGACCAGGAGAUGGCCACGUCACUCCUGUGGAAGUCCUAUCCCAUUGUUGGCAUCUCUGAGGAACUGGUUCCAGUGGCCAUUGAGAAGUAUUUAGGAGGGACGGAUGAUCCCGUCAAAAAGAAAGACCGGUUCUUGGAUUUGAUGGGAGACCUGCUAUUUUGUUUUCCAUCUGUGAUUGUGGCCCGUCACAGCAGAGAUGCUGGAGCCCCCACCUAUAUGUACGAGUUCCAGUACCGCCCAAGCUUCUCGUUUGCCACGAAGCCCGAGACGGUGAUCGCAGACCACGGGGACGAGCUCUUCUCCGUCUUCGGGGCCCCGUUUUUAAAAGACGGGGCCUCAGAAGAGGAGAUGCAACUCAGCAAGAUGGUGAUGAAAUUCUGGGCCAACUUUGCCCGAAAUGGGAACCCCAAUGGGGAGGGGCUGCCCCACUGGCCUGUGUACGACCAGAAGGAAGGGUACCUGCAGAUUGGCGUCGUCACCCAGGCGGCCCAGAAGCUGAAAGAUAAGGAAGUGGCUUUCUGGACGGAGUUCUUUGCUAAGGAUGCGGCCAAGAAGCCACCCGAGACAGAACACACUGAGCUGUGAACAGGAGGCCCCGCUGGCCUCAGAGAGCUGGGGGGACUUAGGGCUAAUUCUACAGGAAGGUUUCCGUGGGCCCUAGAGGCAGCUUACUGUCGGGUGGGAGUGGGCAGGGGCCACGGAGGAGGGGUUUCUGUACCCGUGGCUUCAACUUUGGAAAGAAUGUUCUUUCGGUGACCAA